AUGUCUAACUUAGCUGACAAAUAUUUUGAUAGACCAGAAGAACCGGAAUUCGAUAUUUGUAUGGCAGAUUUUGCUUCUGAAUAUGAAAUCAUAUCGAUUAAUAAAAACAUUAAAAAUCCAAAGACUCCAAUUAAACGAUUAAAAACAUUGAAUUUUUCUAUUAAAAAACGUUGUAAUCGUAAUGCUAUUAUACGUUAUCCAUAUUUUAAUCGAGAAACAGAUAGAAAAAAUUAUUUUGAAAAUCUUCUUUCUCUCUAUUUACCGAUAAGAAGUCGAAGUGAAUUGGAAAAACCUUAUGAAUUGUUUUAUGAAAUAGGUGAAAUAUUUGAUGCUCGACAACAAUGUAUAAGAAAAGUAAAAGAAGUUGUCUAUGAAAAUCGAAAAAAAUAUGAAGCUCAUUGGAAAGAAACAGAUGAAGCGGAAUCAUUAUUUAAUCAAUUAUCCGUAGAUAUGAAAGACAACGAAUGGGCUGAAAUUGUUGCUAAUAAAGAAAAGGAUAAUAUAUGGUCAGGAGAUAUUGAACGAGAAGAUAAUCCCGAUUUUAAUAUUAUUCAUAAAGGAAAAAAUAAAAAUACGUUCAUUGACUUGAAGCAAACUUUUGCUACUACAGAUGAAAUAAGACCCUUCUUAGAAUCGAUGAACUAUGAACAACAAGAAGUAUUUUAUUAUUUUCGAGAAUGGUGUACAAAACGUUUACAUAAUCCUAAUGUCGAACCUCUUCGUUUGUUCAUUACGGGAGGAGCAGGCACAGGUAAAAGUCACCUUUUGAAAUGUCUUCAUUACGAAGCAACAAAAAUUUUUUCUCGUAAAAAACAUUUAGAACCCGAUGAGAAUAUUGACGAGGUUCAUACAUUGAUCACAGCUUUUACUGGUGCAGCAGCUGUCAAUGUUGGUGGGGUAACUAUCCAUAGUGCAUUCGGGAUUGGAACUCAAAAUAAUAGUUUAAGUGAUAAUUUAUCUUGCGAUAAAUUAAAUAGUUAUCGUUGUAAGUUAGGUACACUUAAAUUAUUAUUUGUUGAUGAGGUUUCUCUUAUACAAGCCGGUUUAUGGGGUGCUAUGCAUUCUCGUCUUACUCAAAUCAUGGGUAUACAUUCGAAUACAGCUAUUUUUGGUAAUGUUGGCAUAGUUGCUAUUGGUGACUUUUAUCAAUGCUCACCUGUAGCAUCUUCAAGUAUUUAUUCUUCUUUACUUUGGUCUGAUCAUUUUGAAUAUGUUGAACUUAAAAUCAAUGAAAGACAAAAAACAAACAUUUUUUUCUCACAAAUGCUUAAUCGUAUUCGAAAAAUUAAAAAAAAAGAAGAUAUGAGUAAAGAAGAUCGUGAUGUGCUUGAAAAAUGUCAUCAACGUUAUUUGAAUAAAGAAUAUCAUCCAGAAGCAUUGCAUCUUUUUGCUAGAAAUGCUCAGGUUGAUAAACAUAACGAAGAAAUGAUUGAGAAAAUUUGCACGAAUAUUCGUAUAUUUUAUGAAGUUAAUAAUAAUGAUAAAGAAAUAAAAACGAACGAAAAAACAGAAAGAAAAAAAAAUAGUAAGCCAUUACGACUUGCUAAAAAUGCUCGUGUGAUGAUGACGAAAAAUAUUUGUGUAAAUGAUGGAUUAGCAAAUGGUGUCACAGGUCAUAUUGUAGAAUUUGUAGAAAAUAAUAAUAAAGAUGUUUCUCAUAUAAUAAUUAAAUGUGAUUCAUCUAAAGUUGGACGUCUUCAUAGACGUAGUUGUCCACAUUGUCAUGGGCGAGAUACAAUAUGUGUGAUGCGAGAAAGUAACACUACUGAUCGACUAGAAUAUGAUUCACAAUCAAAAAAAGGUACAAAACAAUUUCCUUUACGUCUUAGCUGGGCAAUGACUAUACACAAAGCUCAAGGAAUUACUGUUGAUCAAGUUGUUAUUAGUACGAAAGAUUUUUUUGGAAGUGGAAUGGGAUAUACAGCAUUAUCACGUGUUCGUAUCCUAGAAGGACUAUUUCUUAUUGAUUUACACUUUGACAAAUUCUAUUGUAACGAAAAUGUUGAUAGAGUUCUUUCUCAAAUGAAAAUAAUGAGAAAAAAACAAUUAAUAUUUCAAGAAUCUUCAGAAUUCUUGAAUAUAUUGUUUCACAAUAUUGAAGGAUUAAAAUGUAAUUUUAAAGCAUUUUCUAAUUACCAUUUAUUACAUAAAGCAGAUUUGAUUUGUCUAGCAGAAACAUGGUUGAAAGAUGAUACUCGAUUGGAUCAUCUUCAAAUUAAUGGUUCUAAUCUUGUUCAUAAAACACGAGCAUGUUCAUUUGUAGCAAACCAUUUACUUCAUUCACAAAAAGGUGGUGGUGUUGCAAUAUAUUUUCGAGAAACUAUUCCUAUAAAAACAAUUGAUUCAUAUGCACAUCAAAAUAAAAAAGAAUUUGUUGUAAAUUUAAUUGAACAUUUAAAACAAUUUAAUAUUGACAAAAAUAUUCUUCUUAUUGGCGAUUUUAAUGAAGAUAGUCUUGAGAAUAAGUCAAAACCUAUUGAAACAAAAUUGGAAAAUUUAGCAGAUGGUAAUUGUUUCUUCCGUGCAAUUUCACAUCAACUAUAUAGACACGAAGACGAUCAUUUAAAUAUUAGAUCUGAAACAAUAAACUAUUUAAUUCAAAAUAUGAACGAUUUUGCAUCAUUUAUUGAUGAAAUGUAUUCAACAAUAGAAAAUUAUAUUGAAGAAAUGAGUAAAGAUGGAACAUAUGCUGACCAUCUCGCACUUUCAUCUACAGCAGUUAUCAUCAAUAAAAAUAUAAUUGUUCAUGAAUUCAAAAAAAAACCUAUACUUAUUCCUGGCUCCGACUUUCUUGAACAUCAAUUACAUCUCUGUUAUGAUCCAAAUAUGCCACAUUACGAUAGUGUUGUUUGUAUUGAUGGGAGCCCAGCCUUUCUUUCGUCUGAGCAUAUUUUAUUUACUUGA